UUCUGUUACUGGGCGCUGCUGUCGAGUGUGUCUUCCGAACUCGAACCGAAUCAUCAAAAUGGAGAAAAAGGUCGACGAGAAUGCCACCCUUAUGAACGGGGUGGAAACCACUGGACCGGCCCGUGAUGAUGUGCCGGAAACGUUCAGAGAAUUUCUCUACAACAAGAAAAAUGGAACCGUUAUGGGUAGAACCGGAAAGUCUUGGUUCCAGAUCAUCGUCUUCUACAUCAUCUUCUACGCAUUCUUGGCCGCCUUCUGGUUGACAUGCUUGACCAUCUUCAUGAAGACACUUGAUCCAAAAGUACCAAGAUUCUAUGGAAAAGGAACCAUCAUUGGAGUGAAUCCAGGAGUCGGAUAUCAGCCAUGGUUGAAGGAACGGCCAGAUUCGACACUGAUAAAAUACAAUCUCCGUGAUCAAAAAUCAUACAAAGCAUAUUUGGAACAGAUGAAGACGUAUUUGACGAAAUACGAUUCAAAUGCCACUGAGACUCGUGAGUGUGGAGCCGGAGAUAGCAAUGAUGAUCUUGAGAAAAAUCCAGAUGCUCUUCCUUGCCGUUUCGAUCUCUCAGUUUUCGAUAAAGGUUGUAGUGAGAAAUCCGAUUUCGGAUACAAGUCUGGAAAGCCAUGCGUCAUUAUUUCUUUGAAUCGUCUCAUCGGAUGGCGUCCAACUGAUUAUCAAGAGAAUUCCGUGCCAGAAGAAGUAAAAGACCGUUACAAGGCUGGAUCGAUUGCUAUAAAUUGCCGAGGAGCUACAAAUGUCGAUCAGGAACACAUUGGAAAAGUUACCUACAUGCCAUCAAAUGGAAUUGACGGACGCUAUUAUCCAUACGUUUUCACCAAGGGAUACCAACAACCAAUCGCAAUGGUCAAAUUCGACACAAUUCCACGAAAUAAGCUGGUGAUUGUUGAAUGCCGUGCAUAUGCUCUCAACAUCGAACACGACAUCUCCUCUCGACUCGGAAUGGUGUACUUUGAAGUGAUGGUUGAAGACAAGCCAGUUGAAGAGAAGAAAGAGUUGUAGAGUUAUUGUCAGAGCAGUGUACAAUCGCUAGGAUCUAAGUGCAUCUAUCUCAAUUACUUUCCAAUUAUCUCGUAGAAGUUAUUAGCUACUGUAGUUUGAACGAUAUCUGAAACCAACACCCCUCAGCAACAGCUUCAAUUUUAAAUCUUUAAUUUUUGCAGGAAUGCUCAUUUUUUGUUUUUCUUUACAUCCUCAGUUCUUUUAGUAUUGAAUCAUGUUUUUAUAUUCAGAAAUAAUCUAGUACUAUAAUCGCCUUAAGGAUAUGAUUUGAUAAUAAUAUGUGAAAUUUGCAAUCAAUUUUUGCUUAAUAAUCACAAUUUCCUUUUCAACUUAGUUCCACUGUCUUUUCGUUGAGCACUCUUUUCAGCUGCUCAGCGAAUUUCUUCUUCUCUCCGACGAGGCAGGUCUCUUCUCAUUUUGUCUUACUUUCUUUGUUUCCCAUUGCAUAGGUUUUCGGUGUGGAUGAGAUUGGCGUGGAGAUUGGUAUCCAUUUUUCGGAGACCACGCCUCUCUCCACGAUCGUUUUAUAUUAUCCCUUAUAAUUUUUUAAUUGUUUUAUUUCCAUUUUUGUUCAGUUCAAACUUUAAUUUUUGCCACAUGGAAUAUUAAAUAUUUUUCAAAAGAUUUUGAAAAAAAUCAUUAUUCCAUUUGCCAAAUUUUAAAGUUUAACUUCAAUGCUCACAGUAUCAGUUUUCAGCAUUUUUCCUUUUGAAACAUGCGUUUUACUGUGGGCUCUUCUCGAAUUUUUCUCGAGAAUUCUUUCCCACCAUCAUAUUAUCUCCUCUUCUCUCUUCCCCGCUGAAAAAAGAUUUCCAUCCCCUCUUCCCAUUCUUUCUAGGAUAAAACAAAUCAUUCGAAUGAUUUAUGAACAUUUUCUUUUUCUUAUCCCUCGCAUAUUGCUUUCAAAUUUCCUAUUUUCUCUUCGAUUUUUGUCAUCUACCUAAAUUGUCAAAAACCAGUACCCCCAUCACCAUCGCCACUUUCCCCCACCCAACUCGAUUUUUAUCGCAUUUUUUUUCGUUCCCAUCCCCCACUCACCCCGAUUUUUGUGUCUUCGAAUAAAAUAAAUCUUAAAACGUC